GUUGCUACGAACUAUCUGGGUGCUAGUUUGAUUCCCUGUCCACGUGCACGUGGUAACGCAGUGUGAUUACACCCAUGGGCCAUGGGCCGUGUAUAUGUGGGCCCAGCCCUGGGAUUUACUUCCUUUUAUUUACGUCUCCUCUCUCAUUCCUUGUUGUUUCUUUUUACACGGAGUUCUGUUGGAGGUGUGUGUAUGGAUGGCGCCGCGGAAUGCAUGGGACACGGCGCCGAAUCCAAAUGGCGUCCCAUCUGGCUAGCUUAUCUUUCCAUUCAAGGACAAACAACGUCUGUUUCUGUUGAGCUCAAUCCUGUAAAUUGUAGACAAACAAAUAGUUCCCAAGUGCGUAGAGCUACAGGCUGUUUUCGCUGGGUCGGGUAGGCUGUGAUGGAGAGCCAGAUUGGCAGACAUUCCGAUGGCGGGCC